AUGAGCAAUGACACUGUCAGACCUGAUGAAUGCGAUGACGAGACGAACCGUACAUAUUCUACGAAUGUCCACUCCGAGAAACUGCAUUUGCCGUCAGAACCGAAGGACAAUCAGCCCUCGAGGUUGCUGGUUGGAGUUCGAGACAUGCAGCGGAGUAACUUGAUCACGUCUCAGCAGGCUGUCGCACCCGGAGUCAUGGUCCGAUCAUCCACAGCUGGAUCCCGCCCCAGUACGUUUGCUGCAGCCUUGUUCUUGUCGCAGAAUGCGAAACACGUUAUUGCUGUAGCCACUACAGCAACGACUGGGCAUACACGACGUCCCCGAAGGAACGGUUUCCUCCCAUUCUUACGAUGUCUUCCCCUCGACGACACGUGCUUCCGGCGAAGCCGAGCGCCCGAUUGUCCUAGCCAGAUUGGCGCCUCUCCUGAGCUACUCAGCCCUGCCGCACGUCGCGCAUCCCAAGACGCAGAAACAUCGAGAGGAGGAGGAGCUAAAGACAAUCUCCGUGGAGAAGGUGAACUGGGCCUGCGGGAUAUCCCCGAGGAGGAGUAUCUCGCCUGCGCGGCCUAUGCCCACGGAGAAAGAUGUUCCUGGGACCAUUGGGCAAGUUAGUUCGCUACUCAAUAGAGCUUGGGUCCAGAGCACGAUGACUGGUUCAGUCGAAACUAGUUAUCGGCCGAAGGGCCAAGGUACUUCUCAUUGCUGUUCAAGUAACCAUGACUUUUUGGUUUGGAG